CGCUCCACUGCUUUCCCUACCCCCAAUUCUCUGGCAAACGGCCAUGGCGUCGUGUGAUAUGGAGCUCGUGUACCCUAUUCCUCUUAUGGGGGAAAACUAUUUCGAAAAGCUGAACCAAUCAGCAAAAGAUGUCGUCGAUGAAAUUCGCAAAGAAACCCCAAAUUUCUCUCAGUUUAUCCAAGUUUUCUACGAGCUAAUGCAAUCGAAGCGCGACCCACCUCUGGAAGCCAUUUGGUUCUACUCAGCUCUAUCCUUCCGCUCCCUGAAGACGGGAAAUGAGGGUUCUUCCGAUCGACUCGCAGCCGUGAAACAACUCUUUCAGCUCGUCUCGGGUUGUUCCGCACCUUGCAGUGGCUCGACAAGCAUCGCGCUGCUGGCUCCGGUUGUCUUCGAGCUGUAUAAAUUGGUUCAAGAAGUAUUAAGCGGAGAUUUAGGGGCCAAGAGAGUGAAGAAACUGGUUAAAAAGGUUCAGUCUUUGAUUGGGUCUGUUCUCGGUUAUGUCGGUUUGUGUUCGGGGGCUUCGAGUGAAGAGAAGGAUUCGAGCUUGAUUGUAAAGUUUGCGGAUCUGGUCGGUGUGUGGAUGGAAGGGAAGGAAGAGGUGUCGUCGUUUUUGCCGCUUCUGAAUGAUGAAUUGCGCAGAGUGAUUGGUGCUGGUGGGUUUAGUGUGGAGCAGUUGGCUGGAGCUGUUACUGCGGAGUUAUUCCUGUUGAAGCUUUGCGUCGAUUUACGGGUUGGGAACAGAGGAGUGGAGAUGGAGAAGGAUUUGAAGGGUUGGAUUGUCGGGUCAAUUACUGGCUUUGGGAGCGUUUCUUUUUUUGAUAUUCUGUUGAGGAUGCUGCUAGAGCCGAGAUUACCGGUCGCUUCACUGCUGAGUUCUGAAGAGGAGAUCUUGCUGAGAACUACUUUGUAUGAUGCUGUCAUAUUGGUAGAGUACACUUCCCUCAAUCCUCGUACUGCAGUUGAUCUGCCUGCAGAGAAUUUCAUAAGCAUUGCCUUGAAGCGGCUGGUCCUCUAUCUUGAGGCCACAGAAUUUUUCAGGAAAGAAGGGAACCAUAAGAGGGCCAUUUCCUAUUCCAGUUCCUUCGCUGGUUCUCCAUUACCAUUGCAAAUAGCCAAAUUUGUCACAAGCCAGAUUGGCAUGGGGGAAGAAGCAGGCAGGUUGCAUGUUUCCUCUCCUAAGGCUCUCAUAAAAUGGUUGUUCUCCCUUGAGGGUCAAGGCAUAAGAAUAUAUGACGAUAGCAUCUCACGGACUCGUGUCAAACUUGCGCUUGAUUCUUCUUCCAAAGCUGAGAAUGUCGAACCGGAGGGAAAUAUAGUGGAUUCCGAUCUUCCGAUCUACAUUGAUAACAAGGGAGAAAAAGGAGAAGAUUAUGAUGAAGAAAAAGACGAAGAGGUGAACAAUGUAUCAAUGACGGCUGCCUUCAUGUCUGCUGCACACUCGAUGUCAGUGUUGGAAAGAGAAGAAGGUAAGAAACGGAAAGAAGGCCGAAGUGAGGGGAAGAACAAGAAGAAAAGAAGUAAACUUGUUGCUGCAGAAGAGCUAUCUGAUGGUACUUCUGAUUCAGAUGCAGUGCUCAGUGAUGAUGGUUCAAGCAGUGAGAGUGAAGUAGAGAACCCUACCAGUGACGAGGAUGCCUGACUUAUUAAUGAGUUUUUGGCAUUGGGAGAAGAGGACUGAGUCAAUCACAUUCGUGAAUGUAGUGCAAUCACAUUUUUAUUCCGAGUCAAUUGGAGAUGACAUUUUGUCUGCCUGAUCAGCUGCUAAAUGAGGCAACCUUUUAACCUUUGUAGCAUAGUGAAAGAGUGUAUUCUGAUUUUAUUAUUUGAACAAUGUGUUCUGUUGUCAUUACAAAAUAUUGGUGCGGUAAGGAUUUACAAUCGUAUUCUCUUCACUGCAUAAAUGUUAUGCAAAUAAACAACACUGUAGCACAUACGAAGGCAAGAAAACCCCUGUGCACAUUACUACACAGCCAAAAGACCUGAAGUCGCCAAUUUUUGCCUCCUUUGCUGAUAGUAUACACUCGUAUGCAAGUGUUCCAUCGAUCUAUUGCUUCCAAAAACUCUGCUCUGAAGUUGCAAAAUAUUCGGAACAUAGAAUCUGUUCAGAGGUUGCCGCAGUUGUUCAAUUCAAUGUCAAAAUGCUAGAUCAGUUCUUCUACAUGAUGACCUGCCUGCAAUAUCCCCAUUGCUACAACAGUUUGUCUUCUCCUGGACCAGAAUAAGUAAAUGUAAGGAAUGAAUGUACAUAGAAUACCUCCAAAUUCCAAUACAAAGCCGACCAAACCUAUUUGGUUGAUCCUAUAUACUAAACUCAGAAUUUCCUGUGGUUCAGCGAUCCUGAGCAUUAACUGAAAAUACUGAAAUGCCAACACGAGUAAAAGAACAGUUCUUUGGUGUUCUUUUUACAAAAGAAGAAAAUGACUUCUGAAAUGUACAAAGUCAAUCCCCUAGCAGUUAGCAGUACCAUGAGGUCUAUAAAUUAUAUUAUUGCAAAGAUAUUCACAUCGAUCAUUACAACAAAUAAGCACUUUGGCUGCAUUCAGAGUCACCAACUGUCUUGGCAAGAGCAAGAACCCAACUUAAAAUGAUGGAAGCGCUUAAAGUCGCGGAUUACUAUUUCUCGACUUGUAACAUACGAGAUAACCUUCAUAACUUCAUGGCAAUCCUCGCAUAUCCGCAGAUUCUUAAAAAUACGUAUAGGCAUACCAGGGCUGGCACUUAUGAGGGCCAAACCGAGAGCCAGUCUCUCACUGUGAUGCCAGAGAUGCUCAAUUUUCUCUCUGCUGCUGAUGUUAUGAAGCACAUUUUCUGUUUUUGGUAUAUAACCACUGAAUGACAGCCUUUGCUUCAAAUCCUGCAACUUAGCGUAGAUUUGUUCUGUCUUGGGAUGAGAACCAUCUUGAGAAACAAAGACAUGUACUUGACCAUCAACACCAACCCAGCUACAACCAGGUUCCUUCUUAAUGCCUUCCUCCGACAUCAAUACUCUGAUCUUCUGGACGUCGUCCCACCUACCUUUAGAAGCAAAAAUGUUCGAUAGAAAUAUGUAAGCUGAGUCCUCCUUGGGUUGGAGUUCAAACAGUUUCCUAGCAGCAGUUUCACCAAGGUCAAGAUUUCCAUGCAAUUUACAAGCUCCAAGCACAGUCUCCCAAAUUAAGGCAUGUGUGCUUAAUUUUUGCUCCUUAAUAAAGGCUUCAACCUCAUCAAACUGACCAGCCCGACUAAGAAUAUUGACCACGCAUGCAUAAUGCUCAAGCGUAGGUGUAAUCCCAUAAACUUUGCUCAUUGACUCAAAGUGCUUCUUUCCUUCCUCAACUAAACCCAUGUUGCUGCACACGGAUAGGAUGCUUAAGAAAGUCGCUUCAUCAGGUAAAAAUCCUUUCUCUAUCAUCAUUCUAUAGGCUUGAAGAGCAUUUUCCCCUUGGCUGUGGUAUGCAUAAACAGCAAUAAUUGUGUUCCAAGAGACUGCAUCUCUCAAAACCAUAUAUUUGAAAUUUGCCUCAGCAUCUUCCAAGCAUCCACAUUUUCCGUACAUAUCAGUGAUUGCAGUGGCCACAAUAAUGUCACCCGUGUGACCAGCUUUGACAACCAUAGAAUGUAGCUGCUGCCCUCCUUCCAGGGUUGCCAUAUGGGAGCAUGCAUUUAAACAGCUGGCAAUAGUGAACUCAUUGGGCUUUACCCCUUCACUUUGCAUAUCAACAAAAUGUUUCAAAGCCAUUUCUGGUUGAUUUGUUUUUGCAUAACCAUCAAUCAUAGUUGUCCAUGUAAAAAGGUCUCGAUCAACCAAUCUGUUGAACACUGCUACUGCAUCUUCUAUACAUCUCCCUUUCGCAUACAUAUCAAUAAGAGCAGUUCUGACAAAAUCAUUACUGUCAUUGCAGUUCUUAAUGAUGUGAGUAUGCACUUGCCUACCGAAAUGUAC